GUUAUACUUCGGGUUAUACUCCAGGUUAUACUCCGGGUUAUACUCCAGGUUAUACUCCAGGUUAUACUCCAGGUUAUACUCCAAGUUAUACUCCAAAUUAUACUCCGGGUUAUACUUCAGGUUAUACUCCGAGUUAUAUACCAAUGAUCCAACAAGAG